AUGAAAACUGAAAGCGUUUUGAUCUUUGUUCUUCUCUCUUUAUCUGUAAACGUGUUUUCUGAGGCUGCUAGAACCGGCGGCUGGACUCCAAUCAAGAACAUCAAUGAUCCAUACGUGAAGGAGAUCGCUGAGUUCGCAUUGACAGAACACGGGAAACAAUCUGGUGAAAAAUUGAGUCUGGUGAAAGUAGUUAGCGGUGAAAGUCAGGUUGUUGCCGGAACCAAUUAUCGACUUGUGUUGGCAGCCAAAGAUGAAUCUGCUGCUACCAAGAAUUAUGAAGCGCAAGUUUGGGAUAAACCUUUUGCACAUUUUAGGAACCUCACUUCGUUUAAACCUCUUUCUUAA